GCUACAGCAGCACCUCCUUAUCCACUUGCGACUCGGCCUCCGCCUCCUCGUCGCUCUGUGGUAGUCGCCGCUGUAGCAACUCCUCCAGCUGUUUCAGCUUUAGCGACCAAUGCGGCGGCCAGGGUGACGUCGCGUUUAACGCUAGCUGCGGUGCUGCCGCCACAGCUACUACCUCCUUUCCAGCAGCAGCAUGUACGGUUGAGGUUGCAUGUACGGCAGAAGGCAAAGGUUGCGAUGCUGGUGCUGAGGUGCCCUUGGGCUCAGGGCCCGGUUGCGGCGAUGCAGCAGCAGACGCGACAGCGUGUUCGUCAGAGGCGGCUGAAAGCGACCCAUGGGACACCUCGCUCCACCUGCCGCUGUGGAUCUCCUCCAAUGAGCGGGCGCAGAUCGAGCGGCGGCUGGACGGCUGGGUGGAUGCGCUGCUGCGUGUGGGGGCGGACGUGGAGGGACUAGCCAAGGUUCUGCGCAAGCCCCUCCGGCCGCUGUGGAUCAGCCAGGCCUCCACCAUCUGGCUGGACCAGGUAGCCCAACCCGACCAGCUGCCCUUCACGCCGCUCUACCUCGUCUCGGCCUCCCAGCCGCAGUCCUACCUACGUCAGGUGGCGGCGGCCGGUGCGGUGGCGGCGGCAGCACCCGCUGCGGAUGGCGAUACCGCCGCCGGCGGUGGCGGCUCCGCUUCUCAGCGACGCCGGCAACACCACCCGCACACUGAGCAGGAGCAGCAGCACGCCUGGACGUACGUCUACGUGCCCGGCGCCGGUGACGACGAGGAGAGCUGGGCGGCGGGUCUCACACCCGCAGUGUUCUGGGCGCACUACCCGCAGCUGCUGCAGGCGGGUCCGGGAGGCGUGCACGACACGGUACGGCAGCUGCUGCAGCGGGAGGCUGCGGAUCUGGCGGAGCACGGCACCAACAGCAGCAUCACAGCUGCUGCGGCUGCUGCCACCAUUGCGGCGGGCAGCGGUUCCACUGAAGCAGCCUCUUCAAAAGCCGCCGCCGCCACCUCCUCCUACAUUGCGGCAACGGACGAGCAUCACUUGUUACCGGCGGGUUGCCGUGCAGGCGGCGGCGCCACCGCUGUUCCCGUCGCUGGCCCCUGCGGCAUGUACUGGCUGGGCCCGGGCACCCGUAUCGCGUUGGGGGACCUGGCUGCGGGUGCGGCGCCCGGUUGCUGGCGGCAUGUGGAUGCGGUGCUAAGCUGCGGGGAGCAGCAGCACCCCUCCAUGGCGGGGG